AUGGCAAGCCAAGCCUCGUCGAAGCCCAAGGCUGGUGGUGCCAAAACUGCCAGCAAGAGCAAAAAACCCCCCCCAAAGAAGAGACAACCAGAGCCAGAAUCCGAAUCCGAAACUGAAACUGAUUCCGACGACUACAGCUCUGAGGAAUCGGAAGAAGAAGCACCCCCUCCACGUCGACAAGUGAAGCAAAAACAAAAACCACAAGGCGGUGGCGGGGGUGGACCACUGGGUGGUGUCGGUGAUAUGGUUCCUCUAGGACAAGCUACCGAUACCGUGGGUGGUCUUGCCGGUCAAGCUGGAAAUACACUUGGCAAUGUCGCUGGCGGUGUCCUUGGAGGUGGUGGUGCGGAAAAGAAAGGAGAUGAUAAGGAGGAUACAUUGAGAUUACGACUGGAUUUGAAUCUCGAGGUGGAGAUUACGCUGAAAGCGAAGAUUCAUGGGGAUUUAGAAUUGGCAUUGUUGUAA